AUUCAUUCCACUAAGAAUAUCCAGCCUUCAAUUCAGACAGAGCAUCUCGUCAAAUACUUCAAUCGAAUUACAAUCAAACUAUUGCCUCUUAAAAUACACAUUAACACAACCAUAAUUUCGACGUCCCAAAAUGUCUGCCCCAACAGAAGCUCAAAUAGCCCACCAAGAGCUAAUCGACGAGCUCGAUAUUCACUCCGUUCAUAAGAGCUUCCGCAACCCGCACUGGCGACCGAACCAACGACGCAACAAGAACAUCAAGACCAUCCUCGGUGACGCCUCGCGUAAAGAAGCUUCCAUGGCAGCGACACCCCAAGAUAACAGCGGCACCGCAACGCCCGCCCAAGCAGAAGGAGAUGGUCUCUCAACUAGUGGUUCUUCGACACCAGUUCAGCAAUCCGCCGGCGGUAACUCGAAUCUGCAGCCGAACCUCGCGCAAGCCUCACGUAGUUUGUCGAAGCUUGUUCUAGAGAAGACGCUGCGCCCCAACGGAGCGAAUAGCGGUGCGACCGUAUCGGCGGCACCUAGCGCGACAUAUACUAAUAUCGAGUCGGCACCAUCCCUUGCGCAUACGAAGCGAUACUGCGAUGUCACCGGACUUCCUGCUCCCUAUCUUGAUCCAAAGAGCCGAUUACGAUAUCACAGCAAGGAGGUGUUCGGUUUCAUUCGUACACUACCACAGGGCGCGGCCGAGUCAUAUCUAGAAGCCAGAGGUGCACACACGGUUCUGAAAUGAACAGAAGCGGAUAAUUCAUGGAGACGACAAUUGGUUUUAUUCAGCGUUAUGGCGCUAUGGGAAUUCGCCAUGUCUAUUUUGACUGGCUCAAAAAAUGGCUGAUUUACGGAGGACUACGG